AUGGCCCUUUUGCUGCCUCUACUGGCGGCCUUGGUGGUGUGCAGCUGUGGUGCUGCUGGAUCUCUGGGCUGUGACCUGCCUCAGAGCCAUGGCCUGCUUAGCAGGAAGACCUUGGUGAAUCUGAGCCAGAUGAGGAGAAUCUCCCCUUUCUUGUGUCUCCGGGACAGAAACGACUUCGGAUUCUCCCAGGAGAUGGUGGAUGGCAGCUGGUUGCAGGUGCCCCAGGCCGUGUCUGUCCUCCACGAGAUGCUGCAGCAGGUCUUCAACCUCUUUCACACAGAGCGCUCCUCUGCUGCCUGGAACACCACCCUCCUGGACAAACUCCUCGCUGGACUUCAUCAGCAGCUGGAACACCUGGAGACCUGCUUGGUGCAGGAGAUGGGAGUGGAAGAAUCUGCCCAGGUGGCUGAGGGCCCUACACUGGCCUUGAAGAGGUACUUCCAGGGAAUCCAUCUCUAUCUGAAAGAGAAGAAAUACAGCAACUGUGCCUGGGAAGUUGUCAGAGUGGAAAUCAUGAGAUCAGUCUCUUUAUCAGCAAACUUGCAGGAAAGGUUAAGGAAUAAGGACGGAGACCUGGGGUCAUCUUGA